AUGGUCGCCGUCAAAUACACGCUGGAAGACUUCGUGCAUGACAUGGACAAUCUUCUCGUCUCCCAACCUACUCGGGAGAAAAUCUUCGACAGGGGCUCGGACUGCCUGUCGCGGCUUAUCUCAAAUCCCGACGCGAUCCCCGGACGUUUCCGCCAGCCGGUCGGUUCGGGAGGGCGCGCCAAUCACGGGUCGUGGCUGCUCCACCAUAGCCCCGACAGCGGUCUCCUGGUCACCGCCGUCGUCUGGGGCCCCGGCGACCACGCGGCCCCGCAUGACCAUCGUACCUGGGGCAUGAUCGGCGUCAUGGACAACGCUCUCACCGAGACCCGCUUCCGGCGCGUCGAUGAUCACGAGCGCACGGACUGGGCCCAAUUGGAACGGGAUCGCUCCUCCGUGGUGAAGCCGGGCGAAAUCAGCUUGCUCAUCCCGGAGGUUGACGAAAUCCACCAGAUGGACAACUUCACCGACCGCCCAACCGUCGAGGUCCACGUCUAUGGCCAGGAUCUCCGCGGCCUGGAGCGCGUGCGCUACGACUUGGAAACCGGCGCCAUACGUCGGAUGAUGACCGAGAAAUACGACAACUGUUAA